GUGGGGAGGCGCUGUAGCCAUUUCGCCACAUGAAAGCCCGAUGAGCUGAACGACCAACAUCCGAGUUGUUCGUGGAGAAGAGAAAUCAGCUUUGAGGAGCUCCGCGCGCGCACAGACGUACACGAACUCACGCGCAAAGACGCACGGCGCGCAGACACGUCCACUUCUCCCUCCUCCGCCGUGGAAAAAAAAAGACAGCGAGAGGAACAGAGGGCACACGAAACCCAAACUUCCAACUCUCCCAUGUGGAAAGCAGAGGUUUGAGGAUAAGGUAGAUUUUUCCUCCUUGGGGCUCCGUUGCUCCCCCCCUCUCUCUCUCUCUCUUCCUCUCUCUUCAAACGUAUUUGCACCGGAUAGUUGUGUUUUCAUGAGAGUCUUGCUCGGCGAGAAGAGAAGUUUGGUUGUUCGCCUGGUCGGCUGAGGAGGAGGAGGAGGACAAGAGUCGGGUUAAAGUGGGGGGAAGAUGGUCCAAAACGCCGCUUGUAGAAGAAGCUUGCUGUGCAUCCUGGCGCUCAGUCUCAGCUUUGCGUGUCCGCCGUGCAAUGCUCGGAUUUACACCAACCACUGGGCGGUCAGGAUAGCCGGUGGACCCGAUGUCGCCGAGAGGAUAGCGGAUAAAUACGGCUAUAGGAACAUGGGACAGAUCGGGGAUCUCAAAGACCACUAUCACUUCUUCCAUAGCCGGACCAUCAAGAGGUCGACAUUGUCCAGCCGCGGUCGCCAUAGUUUCAUCUCCAUGGAGCCCAAGGUGGAGUGGAUACAGCAGCAGGUGGUGAAGAGGAGGAUCAAGAGGGAUUACCAACUCGUCCCGCCCCUUUCCCUGACAAGCCCCGCCCACAGCAGCCCGGCCCAGAACAACAUAUUCUAUAAUGACGCCAAGUGGAGCAGUAUGUGGUACAUACCCCCCUCACUGCAGCACUGUAACGACAACGUCCAUAACUGUCAGUCGGAUAUGAACAUCAUGGGGGCUUGGAAGAGGGGCUACACGGGUAAAAACGUGGUGGUGACCAUACUGGAUGACGGCAUCGAGAGGAACCACCCAGACCUCUUUCAGAACUACGACCCUCAAGCCAGCUUUGAUGUCAACGGCAACGAUAUGGACCCCAUGCCUCGAUAUGACGCGACCAAUGAGAACAAGCAUGGGACACGGUGUGCGGGCGAAGUUGCUGCAGCCGCAAACAACUCCCACUGCAUUGUGGGAAUUGCCUACAAUGCCAAAAUAGGAGGUGUGCGAAUGCUGGAUGGUGAUGUAACAGAUAUGGUGGAGGCCAAGUCUCUGAGCCUCCAGCCGCAGCACAUCGACAUCUACAGCGCCAGCUGGGGACCUGAUGAUGACGGAAAGACCGUGGACGGACCGGCAUCUCUGGCCAGGCAGGCCUUUGAGAACGGCAUCCGUAUGGGGAGGAAGGGUCGUGGCUCCAUCUUCGUCUGGGCUUCAGGCAACGGCGGGCGCAGCAGAGACCAUUGCUCCUGCGACGGCUACACCAACUCCAUCUACACCAUCUCCAUCUCCAGCACAGCAGAGAGCGGACGCAAACCCUGGUACCUGGAGGAGUGCUCGUCCACACUGACCACCACCUACAGCAGCGGGGAGAACUACGACCGAAAGAUUAUCACAACAGACCUGAGGCAUCGAUGUACAGACAGUCACACAGGGACAUCGGCCUCAGCUCCCAUGGCUGCUGCCAUUAUUGCUCUGGCCCUGGAGGCAAAUGCCCGUCUCUCAUGGAGAGAUGUUCAGCACAUCAUUGUAAAGACCUCUAGAGCUGGACAUCUAAGCGCCCCCGACUGGAAGACAAAUGCUGCUGGUUAUAAUGUAAGCCACCUGUACGGCUUCGGUCUGAUGGACGCUGAGGCGAUGGUGAUGGAGGCGGAGCGAUGGACGCACGUUCCCAGUCAGCACGUCUGUGUGGAGACCGCAGACCGACAAAUAAGAACUAUCCGACCAGAGCACGUUGUUCGGUCAGUGUACAAGGCAACUGGAUGCAAUGACAACCCCAACCAUCAUGUGAUCUACCUGGAGCACGUGGUCGUCCGUAUUACAAUCACACACCCUCGCCGUGGGGACCUGUCAAUCAAUCUGACCUCACCCUCAGGGACCAAAUCUCAGCUGCUCGCCAACAGGUUGUUUGAUCACUCCAUGGAGGGUUUUAAGAACUGGGAGUUUAUGACCACCCACUGCUGGGGGGAGAAGGCGGUCGGCGACUGGGUCCUAGAGAUCUACGAUUCACCUUCUCAACUCCGCAGCCAGAAAGUGCCUGGCAAGCUGAAGGAGUGGUCCCUGGUGCUGUACGGCACAUCUGUGCACCCGUACUCUCUGCGCAGCGAGAAGACCCGCUCCGCAGAGACGGUGGGGCCCACCGAGGAGGAGCUCACUGAGGAGUACAUCGGCCCCUGUGACUCUGAAUGCAACGAGAACGGCUGUGAAGGUCCUGGACCCCAUAACUGCAUCAACUGCCUCCACUACUUCCUCAAGUUCAAGAACAACACCAGGAUGUGUGUGUCCGAGUGCCCCAGUGGCUUUUUCCGUGAUGACAGGAAGCGCUGCAAGAAGUGCUCCUCGUUGUGUGAGACCUGCGUUGGUAGCCGUAGCGACCAGUGCACCACAUGCAGGACUGGUUUCCACCUGAACGAGGGCUUCAACACAUGUGUCGCCAGCUGCGGUGACGGCUUCUACCUCGACCUUGAUUCCAAUAUUUGCAGGAGAUGUCCAGAGAACUGUAAGAAGUGCAUUUCCUUCAAUAUCUGCACAGAAUGUAAACCUGGGAUGAGCCUUCAAGGAAACAAGUGUCAGAUGACCUGUGACCCCGGGACUUAUUACAACGGCCACAGGAGGACUUGUGAGCCCUGUCAUCGGGCAUGUGCCACCUGCGCAGGCACAGGUAUAGAGGCGUGCAGUAAGUGUGCCGAGGGCUACUUACUGGAGGACUGGCGGUGUGUGUUGACGUGCAGCACUGGGUACUACCUGUCAGAGCACACCUCAGACAGCGGGCAGCUGCAGAGGUCCUGUAAGAAGUGUGACCAUAGCUGCUACGAGUGCCUGGGGCCCGGGGAGAGGAACUGCAGCAGCUGUGUCAGUGGAUACAAUCUGGAGGCAGGAGCCUGUGUGGUCAGCACCAUCUGCAAAGAUGGAGAGUACAUGAGCACACAUGGAUCGUGCCACUUCUGUUCUGUGACCUGCCUGCAGUGCACGGGUCCGGAGAGAGAGGACUGCUCCAGCUGCCCUGCAACACGGUUCUUCGAUGAUGGCAGCUGUGUGAUCCGCUGCCAGCUGGGGCGUUAUGCCAUGGAGAGGCAGUGUCACCUCUGUCACCACACCUGCAAAGAGUGCUCUGACCAGGGUCCUGAACACUGCACCAGCUGCGACACAGAUAAGUUUAAUGUGGCCAGGUACCUCUUCCACAACCAGUGUCGGGAUGUCUGUCCAGAGGGGUUCUUCCACUCACGAUGGAGACGGUGUGAGGCUUGUCCCGCAGAGUGCAUCAUCUGUUUAUCCGCAGAUCACUGCCUCCACUGCGGCCCAGGACACCAGCUCAGAGACAGCAAGUGCGUCCCCUUGGAGUGCAGCGCAGGUCAGGUUGCAGAUGCAGACGCAGAAGACUGUGUCCCCUGUGACGUGGGCUGCAAGCAGUGUGAACGCAAGGUUUCAAAAGACAAGGCACGGGAGACUGUGUGCCUUAAAUGUGAAGAUGGUUACUACCAGUUAGGCUCAGACUGUCAUCAGUCCUGUCCAGAUCGGACCUACAGUGAGAAGGACAGCAUGGUGUGUGCUCCGUGUGAAGACAAACAGUGUGUGAUCUGUAACCCGUUUCUGUGCUACUGGUGUGAAGAGGGAUUCUACGUCUCUGACGACAAGUGUGUGGAUCACUGUAAGGAAGGUUUCUAUGUGGAUGAGGAGAGCCGGGAAUGUGAGCCUUGUCACCGCGCCUGUCGUACCUGCGGAGGGCCACAGUAUGACGACUGUGACUCCUGCGAGGAGGAACUCACCCUGAAGAACGGGGAGUGUUUAGAGAGCCGACAGCUGGCUUCCUGUCCAGAGAAACAGUUCAGAAACAGUCAGGGUGAAUGUGAGGUGUGCCACUCCUCCUGUAAGACGUGCUCUGCUGAGGGGAAGAAGGACUGCAACAGCUGCUACUCAGGUAGUUUUUUGACUCCUUAUCAGACCUGUGUGUCCCGCUGUCCAGCUGGCACGUUUUCCAACAAGGCGUCCAGCCAGUGUGAAGACUGUGUGACAGGCUGUUUCUCGUGCCAGGACGACAAGCACUGCCAGCACUGCCGCAGGGGGCUUUUCCUCCAGGACGAAGCGUGUGUGUCGAGUUGUCAGAGAGGGUUUCCUCAAGAUGCUGUGUGCUGGCCGUGUGCCACAGAGUGUGCGUCCUGCAGGGGGAACUCCUCUCACUGUCUGAGCUGUGAGGAACACUUCUUGCUGCUGGAGCACUCAUGCAGGUCUCACUGUCUCGAGGGAUAUUACGCCACCGAGACAGAAUGCUAUCGCUGUCCAGCUCAGUGUACAGAGUGCAAUCAAGAUGGCCUGUGUAACAAGUGUGCCAAGUACUACUUCCUGCAUAAGGAUAAGUGUGAGGAUGAUUGUCCCAAUGGCUUCUUUGCCAGCGAGGUGUCACAGGAGUGUAUACGUUGCCAUGCCGAUUGUGCCUCUUGUGACGGACCGGAUUUUGAUGACUGUGAUGUGUGCAUCAACCCGAAAGCUGUGCGCCACAACGGAGAGUGUCGGGUUAAUUGUCCAGACAACACUUACUAUGAUGCCACUACCAAUGAAUGCAGAGAUUGUGACAGGUCAUGUCUAACCUGCUCAGGCCAUGAGCCUUCAUCCUGCCUCAGCUGCAAAACCAACAUGAGGAAAGAUGCCAGCGGACACUGUGUGGGGUUCAUGCAGUGCCCUCUGACCUCAUACCUGGACCAUAAAAAGGAGUGCCAAAAGUGUCACAAACUGUGUCACCGCUGUUCAGGGCCGGACAAUAACCACUGCCUCAGCUGCAGCGAGACACACUUCCUCCUGAACAAGACGUGUGUGCAGGACUGUCCUGUGGGUUACUAUGCAGAGGAUAGGGACGAACGUGUGUGUGAGCGCUGCCACUUCAGCUGCAAGUCCUGUGUGGGCCGUCACAGUGUGCAGUGCAACGACUGUAAAUCUGGAUUCUUCAAGCAGGGCAGCAACUGCGUGGAAACCUGCUCAGAGAGUCACUUUGGCAACACCACCACCAUGGCUUGUGAGCGAUGUGACCCCUCGUGUACCCAGUGUUGGGGUCGUGGAAACAGAAACUGUCUGGACUGUCGGGAAGGCUACGUCUACCUGAGGCAGUUCGGGCAUUGCCUGAAGAGCUGCCCUUUAAACUACUACCAACACAGCCGGUCUAAAACCUGUCACAAGUGUCACCCCACCUGCAAGACCUGCAGCGAUGAGGGUGCUCUUGCCUGUCAGUCCUGCUAUGAAGGCUACACGUUUAUGGGAGGCAUCUGUGCAUCUCAGUGUCUUUUAGGCUUCUACGUUGCUCCACAGGCGGGGUCUGAUCCCAAGAGCAAUGAGCCAAACUGCCAGGCAUGUGACCCAUCCUGCCUGGACUGCCGCGGUCCCGGCGCGUGGAGCUGCACAGUGUGUCCCGCACUCCAGAUCCUGUCUGAAGAUGGCCGCUGCUUGUCCUGCUGUGGAAAUGAGACCCACCAUGACAACAAACCAAUACCCUGGGAGUGCUGUGACUGCAAGGCCUCACAAGUGGAGUGCAUCAAGGGUGUCAACUUUGUUUUGAAGGAAGCAGAAGAGUUACAGGCUCAGGGCAGCACUGCCAAACUCUUUGUCACUGUCUGUGUUCUUAUUAUCCUCUCUGUGGGCGGAGGGGUCUUCCUCUUCCUCAACGCACGAUCUAAAACACUCGCCAUCAUACCCAAAACCAAAGCUGGAGGCUAUGAGAAACUGGACACCCAAGUAGGCAUUGCCUCACAACCCACCACCUCUUCCUAUGGGGAGUACAAUGACCGAAUCGUUGGAUGCGAGGGUGACGAGGAAGACAACGAAGAUGAUGAGGAUAUUGUGUACAUGGGACAAGAUGGGACAGUGUACCGGAAGUUCAAGUACGGACUCUUGGAUGAAGAUGAGAUUGAGUUAGAGUAUGAUGAUGAGAGCUACCAAUACAAAUGAAAAGAGGACACAAAAGACUGGAGAGAAGUGGCUCCUCCUUUAAAUCGUUUUUCACCAUGCCUGUAUUUAAUCAUUUUAUUUUAAAGUUGGAAAUCUUCAUAUGACGUUAGCUCAAUCAGCAGUAAGAGGAGACGUGGUUGAGGGAGGGUUACAAGCACACAUCAAUGCUUUUCAAUAGCUUUACAUUUCAAAGACAUUUAAGUUAUAUUAGCUAUUUACCAAUGAAUAUGGGACAUAAUAAAACAUGUAUAAUGACUGGAACAGAAAUUCUAUCUAAUCAACAUAAUUCAACCUAAUGAUUUGAUUGGAAAGAGGAAUUAGAUUUAUUUUCAGAACCUCAGGCGUGCUGACAAUCUUAUUCAUUUCAUGCUUUUGUUUACAUUUUUUUUUUUAGAAUAAAUAAUUAUAUUUGAAGAAAAUAUUGUAUAUGUACACAAUAGUUAUUGUCCGCUAAUAUUGCUUAAUAUUAAGACAACCUUUCUCAAUUAUACAUUCAAAUUAGUAAAAAUGUGCAGAGCUAGAUUUAAAUAAACAAAACUUUGAUUUUUGAAAGAUAAAACGUCACACAUUAUUUCUUCAUUACAAAUGUUAGUCUAUGUUAUUAACAACACAGUUUACUUGGGAACAUAAAUGUGAAAUACGUUAUCUAGUUUAAAGCUUUCAUUGAGUCACAGUUGUAACUUUAGAGUUGUUGUUUGAUUUUGUAACCUGGAAUGUGUAUCGCACUGCAGGAGGCAGCUCAUAAUUCAAAGAAAACUUUACACAAAAGCACCAUUUGAUCUGUAACCUUGCACUGUUUGGAUGGGUUCAGGUUAGUUUACAAAGAGA